GUUUAUAUUGUGAUAAUGACAGUAAGUCUAUAUAUCAUGAUAAUGACAGUAAGUUUAUAUAUCAUGAUAAUGACAGUAGGUUUAUAUAUCAUGAUAAUGACAGUAAGUCUAUAUAUCAUGAUAAUGACAGUAAGUUUAUAUAUCAUGAUAAUGACAGUAAGUUUAUAUAUCAUGAUAAUGACAGUAAGUCUAUAUAUCAUGAUAAUGACAGGAAGUUUAUACAUCAUGAUAAUGACACUAAGUAUAUAUAUUGAAGUUUAUAUCAUGAUAAUGACAGGAAGUUUAUAUAUCAUGAUAAUGACACUAAGUAUAUAUAUUGUGAUAAUGACAGUAAGUUUAUAUAUCGUGAUAGUGAUACUAAUUUUAUAUAUCAAGAUAAUGACAGUAAGUUUAUAUAUCAAGAUAAUGGCAGUAAGUUCAUAUGUCAUGAUAAUGCCAGUAAGAUUAUACAUCAUGAUAAUGACACUAAGUAUAUAUAUUGUGAUAAUGACAGUAAGUUUAUAUAUCGUGAUAGUGAUACUAAGUUUAUAUCAUGAUAAUGACAGUAAGUCUAUAUAUCAAGAUAAUGACAGUAAGUUUAUAUAUCAAGAUAAUGCCAGUAAGAUUAUACAUCGUGAAACAACAAUAAAUACAUAG